UCGCUUGAAGCGAUCAGUUUUGAUUUGAGCGUGGCUGCGGAAAGAACAUCUUACCGGAUCGACAGUUUAUAUAUAUGUUAAAUAAAAGCCUCGAGAAUUCGCGCAAAGUGCUUACGAAUAGAAUUUAUCUAAAACGAUAUAUAUGUAUUUUAUUUGAAGACCAGUGUAUACAUUUGUAUGUACAUUUGUAUGAAUAAGGUCAUACCUAGGAAUGCUGAUGCCAAAAAAAAUAUACAUAUUUAAGCUGCGGACACCGCGUGCCCUGCUUAAUAAAUAAACAUUAAAAAACUCAAAUGCCUGAGGGCAGAAAACAUCGAUAAAUAAGUACAUACAUACUUUUGUGCAUAUGUAUGUAUGUAUGUAUGUAACAUGUAGAUAAUGACGCGAAAGCAAUUAAAAAUUUGUGCUGCAGUUGGAGCAGCGGCAACGCGACCGCAUAAUACUCGUCAAACAAGCUGUGAACGUGCAAAUAAAAUAUUCGCCGGCGUUUCAUUGACAUCUAUAAUGAAUUCAUUUUACUGGCAGUUGAUGCUGGUGGUGUUGGUGGUUAGCUGUGAUAUGUGCAAAUCAAAUGAAUAUCCAGUGACAAGCAGCAAAACUGUAACUGCAACUGCAACUGCAACUGACAGCGGUGAAAUUGGCGGCGAAAUCACAAUUGAUACCACCACAAAUCUACUCGACCCAUAUACAGGCGGCGGGAAGGAGGACUCCAUAGGGGAAUAUCUCAAGAGUGAAAAGGAAAAAUUUUUGGGCAGCAACCUUAUCAGAAAUGCCACAAUCGAAAACGUAACAGAAGAAUGCCGCACGCACUGCAACCUACAAGUAAGUUUGCCACUUUACAUAGUGCAUUAUUGCAACGAAAAUUCGAGUAAUCAGCAAUUAAAAAACAAUAUUUAAAGUAAAUUGCAUCGCGUACUUUUUCUAAAACCGGUAGCUUAAUGAGACGUUUUUUGUAGCUUAGUUGGUGCAUAUUGCAUUUGAAUGCCGUCAGUUUUACGAACUAAACCGACUGUAAUUAGUUAUCAUAGUAAUAUGCAUAUGUUUACCGCAAAAAUAGUUGCAAAAUUUGAUUUACGAUUGGAAAAUUAGUUUGUUUUGUGUCUGAGCAAAGCUGCAAUGUCCAGCAAAAAAAUAAAAAUAAAUUUUGUUUACGAUCCAAAAAGUCGCACGCAUACACAUAGGCGUGCAUAGGUAAAUAAAAUCACGUGAUUUAUGGACCAACACAUUUUUUAUUCAACUGCCCUUUCUUUAGAGAUAAUUAGCUGACAAUAUAAUUGCGCUUAAUUGUUUACUUAAAUUAACAGCUAAUUAGUGGCUUCUACAUUCCUAAACUAAGCGACCGUCGGUCGUGCCG